AUGAGUUCUCAAUAUUUUGACGUGAUCGAACACAAAGUUCUCUCGAGUUACGUGCGUGAAUACCCUGGCGCAACACUACUCAACCAGGAUGAGAAGCUCUACAUUCCUGUGAAGCAAUACGCUACGCGUAACCCAAACUCGAAAAUACAGCCUGUCACGAUUAUUGCUGCUGCCUCUGUUGGAACUGCGAAGGAAGCCUACGAGCCUAUUUGGGAGGUUUUGCAUGAACAGUCCUCUAAACUUGGAUUCUCGGUCAGUAGCAUUUGGAUAGCGGACCCAGUGAAUCAAGCACAGGGAGAGGUGAUAAAUGGAGGAAAACUAGGUGACGAUCCAUCUUGGAUUGAUCUCAGUCGAGACCUGUUUUUGAUGAUCAACCAAUUUCGUGACCAGAUGCCUCGUCCGUUUAUUGGGAUUGGUCAUAGCGCUGGUGGCGUACAACUCGCCGAUCUAGCAUUUAUGCAUCCUCGAUUGUUCUCAAGCCUUAUUCUUCUUGAUCCGACUAUUUUGAAAACGCCCCCGACAGCUUUCAGACAGCAUCCUGUAUUUCAUAAGUACAUUCUGAAUCGACAGCAGUCAUGGCCGUCUCGCUCGCAAGCAGAGGCUUCAAUUGCUAAAUGGCCAACUUAUUCUACUUGGGAUCAACGCUGCCUCCAGAGGUUUCUUGAACAUUCCUUACUAGAGACUUCAGAGCCAAACUCAAAGCUGGACGACCCUCCUGUUUCAUUUUCAACAUCCGAGGCACAAGGCAUACUGUAUAUGUCUCGACAAGCCCUAGUAAAUCGACAGACGGAUGGAACUGUUACCGUUGAUCGGGAACAUGCACCAGAUCUUGAUCCUAUUGAUGCCGCGCGCGACGAUCCUUUGUAUCGCCCUGAGAUGCGAGCUACAUGGAAUAGGUUGCCAGAACUGCGACCAUCUGCGAAGUUUAUUCUUGGAGGAAGAACAUAUUCAAGCACCCGUGAACUAAAUGAAGGGGUUGAUAGGUGCGGAUCUGGCUUGGGUGGCUCGGGUGGCGUUGCGGAAGGUCGUGUGUCCAAAGUAGUGUUCAAAAAAGGCUCACAUUUCUUCCCUUUGGAGAUGGUCGACGAGACUGCGGCGGAAUGUGCUAUUUGGAUUCACGCAGAAGUUGAGCGGUGGAUUAAAAAAGAGCAGGAAUUCAAUAACAGCGUCGUGAAGCGACUAGAGAAUGGUGAACGUGUUGGCCAGGAGUUCAGUCCUGCGAUGAGAAAGUUGCUGAACAGCUUUGCUCCCGACGCGGUCAAAUCAAAGAUAUAA